UCUCUCUUCACCCUCACUCACAGUCAAAGUCACUCCCACACCGAAAGGCCAUAAAUCAAAACUCAACUCUUCUGAAUGAAUACCGAUGCAGCAAUUAAUACAUACAUCACCGCCUAAAAAAAUUAACCAUAACCCCUGGCUUUACCUUUACCCCUAUAUAAUCUCUGGCUUUCCAGGCUCUCAAAAAUAUGGCAACAGGUCAGCCAAGCGUUCAUCUGAACUUUCAGGCAUUCUUGAAUGGAUGGCUUAUUCGUCUACAUGAUUUGUUUGAUCAGCUUAGUGUUGCAGUCAGACCAGAAAAUAUUCACAAAAGUGAUGAUCAACAUCAAACCCUGAUUGAUCAAGUUUUACUUCAUUAUAAACAGUACAAUGAAGAGAAAUCUAUAGCAGCUAGAGAAGAUGUGUUUCUCUUAUUUUCUCCACCGUGGUUCACUUCUUUCGAAAGAGCUUUACUCUGGAUUGGUGGCUUCAAACCAUCCUUGGUUUUCAAAAUACUAAACGGCGCCGUCAAGGACCUGACGGAGGAGCAACAAAUUAGGAUGGAGAUAGUGAAAGCAGAGACGAGAAGUGAAGAACGAGAGCUGACACAGACCAUGGCGAUGAUACAAGAGAACAUAGCAGCAGGCCCACUGCUGAUAUUGGCGAGGCGUGCUCAAAAUAUGGUAGAUGGUGAGGCAUCAGCUGAACGAGAAGCAGCCAUGAGAACACUGCAUACUGGAAUGCUGGUGGCCUUAGAAACAGCCGAUGGGCUUCGUGCGAAGACGGUAAGGAAGGUUCUAGAGAUUCUCUCUCCAAUACAGACAGUUCAGCUUUUGGCGGGAACCGCUGAAUUUGAAUUAAGAAUUAGAAGAUCAGGAUUGGAGUGGGAUCAACGAAGGGUGAACAGCGAAUAAGAGUGGCCCAACCGAUCAUAAUUUUAACUUAGGCAUAAUUUCUUGUAACCCACGAGCACCAAUCCGACGAUAAAAAUUUGCGAGUAUUGUUUUCUUUUCGUGAUUCAGAGCAUAAAGAAAAUU